AUAUAUAUAUUUUGUGUUGAAUUGAUCGGAGAUAUGUCGGCGUUGUCGGAAAGUGUGGAGGUUUCCGGUCAGAAAUUGGGGAGGUUCUCGGAGAAGCCGAGCUUCUCUCAGAAGUGCAGCAUGCUGAGCCAGUACCUGAAAGAGAGAGGCAGCUUCGGAGAUCUCACCCUCGGGAUGACAUGCACUGUUGAGCCCAACGGGACUUCUGAAAUGUACCGUCAGACAGGGACAACAAUGGAUUUGUUCCCGGUUGUGGAAAAAUCAAGGAACAUGGCAACUCCUAGAGACCUCAAAUUUAUGAGCUUGUUUCCUCAGCAAUCUGGUUUCAUUUCCUCUGUUCCAGAACCUGAAGUUCCCAAGAUGGCUGAUUAUAGUCUGAACAAGCGUGUCCCAGGAGGAGAGCCAGAAAGGGCACAGAUGACUAUCUUUUAUGGCGGACAAGUUAUUGUCCUCAAUGACUUUCCAGCAGAGAAGGCAAAGGAAGUCAUGCUCUUGGCAAGCCAGGAAAGCUCUCGCAGCCAGACUGCCGCUGCUUAUGUCUCCAACCAGGCGGCCAACGCCUUCCCAACCCAUGUCGCUAAGAGCCCAAUCGAAUCCAGCAAUUCAGUUCCUCAAAGCCCCAGUGUUCCUAAUUUCGGCAACAAAGUGAUUCAGGAGCCCAUUCAACCACCCUCCAGACCCAUUGUUUGCGAUCUUCCAAUUGCUAGGAAAGCUUCACUUCAUCGGUUCUUGGAGAAGAGAAAGGACAGGAUCAGCGCCAAAGCGCCAUACCAAACCGGCAGCCCAGAAGUAGCCCCAACAAAGCCAUCGGAAGGCAAGUCGUGGCUAGGAUUGGCUGCUCAAUCUACACAGUAGUUUGAUAUUCCAAAUUAUAUCAAGUUAUUAGGCUUUCAUAGUUCAUAAGCCUUUUAUUUUUCUGAUUUUGCUGGGUUUAGGCCUGCUUUUUUUUCUCAGCGCUGUUUCUUCUUUGCUUUUUAGGCUUGCUCACUCGAGCCUGCCCUUAGAUCUAACUCUUGAUUAAUCUUUAGAGUCUGUAAUUAAAUUAUAAUCAAAAGUAUUUAGUUAUUGGUUAGCUUUGAAUGCAUUAAUUUAUUAUAUAACUAUUGAUUCUUAAAGAGUGAAUGUAUUCAGUAUUCUGACUGGAGAAAAGAACGACAGGCUUAAAUUUCUGUUCAACAAUCAAA